AUGGCGGUCUUCUCGCUAUCAACACUCCUCCAGAAUGUUCCGCCAGGAACAAGGAUCUUAACAUCAGCUCUUCUCGCAUUCACAACGCUGCUCUUCUUCCUGCGAUUGCGGACUGGUCUUGGCUUCGGCACCGUCAGCGCAGUGCAGUUCCCAUGGUUGGUGAUUGUGCCCGGCGCAAGCUUCUUCUACCCAUGGACGCUCGUCACGGCAGCUUUCUGCGAGUCUUCCACGCUCGAAUUCCUGGUCUCGAUCAUCUCUCUUCCACUCGCCGCAAGGUAUCUCGAACGACAAUGGGGUGCCGUCGAGCUGAUCAAGUUUGCGCUCGUCAUUGUGACCGUCAGCAACGUCAUCGCAUGGGGAGUUCAGCUCCUGCUUUUUGGUGUCUUUCGCAAGGAGGCGCUUAUCUGGGGCAUCCAAUAUCACGGUCUCCAAGCGCUGCAGACCGCCUUCCUCGUCGCCUUCACGCAACUCAUCCCGGAGCAUCAGGUGCAAGUCCUUUCCGGCGCCCUCAAACUCCGUGUCAAAGACCUGCCAAUGCUCUACGUCACGGUUAGCAACGUCAUGUGCCUGAUCGGCUACAACUCGCCGUGGAUCCUGAUCCAGUUCGGCUGGCUCGUUUCGUGGGCCUAUCUGCGCUUCUUCAAGCUCAACGAGUCCGGGUAUCGGGGCGACCGCAGCGAGGCUUUCGCGUUCAUCAACUGGUUCCCGCCCUUCGCUCACAAGCCGGUGCAGUUUAUCUCGACGACGCUCUUCACCAUCUUUGUUAAGAUUGGCAUCGUACAGCCGUGGACCGGCGGGGACUAUGCCGAUUUGGAAAGCGCGAGUCUGAACGGGCAGCCGCAGCAGCAUGGCAGCGCACGAGCGGAGGCGGAGAGGAGAAGAGCAAUGGCGCUCAAGGCCUUGGAUCAGAGGCUGUCGGCGAACAAGAGCUCGGUCAGCCGGUCCAACAGCCGGUCUAGUGGUUUGCAAGGAGCCGCGGCGAAGGAGGGCGCAUCCUCGUCGACUGGUGCGGAUGCGGCCGCAUCGGGAUCCGCUUCGACAGCACAAUCGCUUCCAACGGUCGUGUUCGAGGCUCCACCGGAGGAUCUGCCAGGCGAGAAGGAGAAGGAGUCCAAGUAG